AUGACUAGAAAGUGCUCUGCUUUUUGUCACUCGUUUCAUUCGCUCGCUAGUCCUCCACCGGAUUUGACUCUUCAAACAUUUGCUCCGAGUCGCAUUUCAAAAUCACACUAUAGCUGCUCUCGUGGGAAAUGAUGGUGUUUCCAUACCAAACAUCUGUCCAAGCGGCUUUUUACAUUAUUUAAUACCCACAGAGAAGUUCAAGAAAACCAAUGAUCGACAAACAGAAAAGUCUGAGGGCAGAACCUGUGAAACUUUCUCAUGGAGAGGAGGGAACUUUACGAUUCUAUCCUGGACCGAAGCAAACGUAUUAUGUGGCAGGACGACUGCUACAUGGAUCUUCAAACUACGUCUUCUUCACUCGCUUCACAAACUGAAAAUAAAGAUCUUUGCUGGAUCCAAAAGCAUCAAGAACAGCUGCAAAGAUUUAUUACCACGUCCUUCUUGGAUGGGAUCGUAACCCACCUGAGAAGGGUUGAAGUGCUGACUGCAACUGAGGAAACCAAGAUCAAGGAAGCAGGCCAGCUUCAGGACCAGGUUAUCAUGCUCACAACCAUUAUAUCUGGAAAGGACAGUCAAGGGACUGAUACCCUCCGAGGCUUCAUAGAGAGCUCAGACUCUCAGCCGGCCCAGCUCAUCAUAAACCACGAUUCCAUGGUGAAAGAGCACAAAGAGGUGCUGUUAAGACAAUACGAACAGCACAGAGACAGAGAUUCAGUUAGCUGCCCCAAGUUGAACAUCUCCUCAAGAAACUUACUUCUAGUUGAUGGACUCUCUGACCUUCAGCAAAAGGAACAUGACUUAAUGCAGGUGGGGGUGACUCGAGGAGGGAAAAGAAAUCACCUCAGACAGUUGGGGCUGGCUAAACUCCUGGAGCCCCUGACUCGUGUUAGUUUACCUCCCAGAGUCUCAGUCACAGUUGGCGUCGCUGGUAUUGGAAAGACUACCUGGGUCCGACACUUCGUCAGACAGUGGUGCCAGGGGGCCUACUAUACAGAUGUGAGCUUCGUCUUGCCUUUCACUUUUUGCGAGCUCAACUCACUGGAGAAACUGUCUGCAGAGAGGCUGGUGAAAAUGGCCUUCCCUCAUUUAACAGACCCCAGUCUGGUCUUGAGCAGCUCCUGUCGCACACUGUUCAUACUGGAUGGUUUGGAUGAAUUCCGCUGCACUUUAAAUUUCUCUGAUGCAGCGUCCUGUAACGACCCAAAGAAAGAGGUUCCCAUUGAUGACCUAGUAACAAACCUCAUUCGAGGGAAUCUGCUUCCUGAUGUAGCAGUGUGGGUAACAUCAAGGCCAGGAGUGGCCUCCCUUAUCCCUGGAGGAUUAGUUGACAGAGUGACGGAGAUCCCAGGAUUUAGCCAGAAGGAUAUUCAGCUCUUCCUUGACCAUCACUUCUCUGAAAAGGAAUAUGCCAAUAAAAUAUGGCCACAUUUGGAGUCCCAUAACAUCUUGAUGGUGAUGUGCUACAUACCUGGAAUCUGCUGGAUAGUAGCUGAUACUCUGAUGUACAUUAUGCAGAGUGGAACACAAGAGAGCCUUCCAAGAACUUUUACUGAGCUGUUUGCUCAAUUCUGUUCUAUGAAGGCGGAAGUGGGUGAACCAAGAGGAAGGGAGCCUGUAAAAAUAGAGCAGCUUCAUGGUGGCAAUCGUAAACUGCUGGGCAACCUUGGGCGACUUGCAUUUUAUGGUCUCCUGAAACACAAGUACACCUUCAGUGAGCAGGACCUCAGAGCCUAUGGGAUAGAUCCACUGCUAACUCAAUGUAGUCUUGGUGCUGGAGUUCUUGUCAGAGAGGAAUCUGUCAUUUACACAACAUUCAGGUUUACCCAUUUGACUUUGCAGGAGUUUCUUGCAGCUACUUUCUACCAUGUCUCCUCCAAGCGGGCCAUCUUCGAUUUAUUCUCAGAGAGCACCAUGUCUUGGCCCAAGAUCGGUUUUCAGAACCACUUUAGGAGUGCCCUGCAGCACUCGCAACAAGCUGAAGAUGGGCACUUGGAUGUGUUUGUGCGCUUCCUGACAGGCCUGCUGUCCUCAGGGGUAGUCAAACCUCUUGCUGGCCUUCUGGCCCUUGGGAAAGAUGAUGGCAAUCAGAAGGCUUGGGCAGCAGGGUUUUUACAAGGCCUUUUGGUCAACGGGGGUGCUGUGGUAUCCCUGCGCGCAGUCAACCUGGCUUAUUGUUUACAGGAGCUGCAACAUACAGAGCUGCUGCGGAGUGUAGAGGAGGGUUUACAACUCCGCAGUCUGGCAGGGAAGUUAACAAGGGCUCACUGUGUCGUGCUAGGCUACCUGCUGCAUGUGUCGCCAGAGUGCAGUGAACAGACCAACUUAACAGGCUCUUUGACUUACUCAACAGUGAAGUGUUUGCUCCCACAGCUGCUGUACUGCAGCCAUCUCAGGUUAGAGAGUAAUCAAUUCAAAGAUGAUGUCAUGGAAUUGCUUGGAAGCCUCCUGAGUGCUAAGGACUGCCACAUCCAGAAAAUAAGUUUAGCAGAGAAUGCCAUCAGCAGCAAAGGAGCCAAAGCCCUGAGUCGAGCCCUCUUGGUGAACCGGACACUGACGUCACUUAAUCUCCGGAACAACAACAUCGGCUCUAAAGGUGCAAAGUUCCUGGCUGAGGCACUUAAAAUGAACCAAGUUCUGGUUUCUGUUAACUUUCAGAACAAUGCCAUUGAGGAGGAAGGUGCUCGGGCCCUUGCAGAAGUACUACAGUGCAACCGCAAACUGGUGUCUCUAAAUUUGCAGAAGAACAUGAUCGGAGCGGGAGGAGCCAAGAGGAUUGCAGAUGCACUGAAGACAAACCUGACGCUCACAAAGUUGAUUCUUUGUAGUAACCAGCUGGGGGACAAAGGAACAAUCGCUCUUGCAGAGGCUCUGACAGUCAACCACACUUUGCUCUCACUUCAGCUGCAGAGUAACUCCAUCAGCAACAAGGGGAUGACAGCCUUAACUAAGGCACUGAGGUCAAACCGAGGUCUUCUCUCUCUGAAUUUAAGGGAGAACUCAAUUGGAGUGGAAGGAGCAAAGAACAUGGCAUACGCCCUCCGUGAGAACCACUCUCUGCAGGACCUUGACCUUACAGCCAACUUGUUGCAUGAUGAAGGGGUUCAAGCUAUAGCUGGAGCAAUCAAGUUAAAUCAAGGCCUCAUAUCUUUGCAUCUUCAGUGGAAUUUCAUCAAGUCCUCUGCCACAAAAGCUCUGGCUGAUGCUCUCGUCUCCAAUACUGUAAUGCAGCUCUUAGAUCUACAGGAGAAUGCUAUUGGGAAUGAAGGAGUAAUUUUUCUAGCUGAAGCCCUGAAGACCAAUGCCUCUCUGCGUACAUUGUGUCUCCAGGGGGUCUCAGCAGGCACAAGUGGCGCCAUUGCAAUGGCUGACGCUCUUACACUGAACCAAACCCUGCAAACAUUGGAUCUACGUGGGAACACUGUUGGGAUGGAGGGAGCCAAGAAGUUGGCAAACGCUUUGAAAAGCAACAGAAGCCUCAAGUCUCUGAACUUGCAGGAGAACUCUCUCGGUAUGGAUGGAGCCAUAUUCAUUGCAACAGCUUUGAAGGGAAACCACCAAUUAACAUACAUCAGUUUGCAGGGAAAUGGCAUUGGAGAAUCUGGAGCAAAGGUCAUAUCUGAUGCGAUAACAGCCAACGCUCCGGGCUGUGUGGUCGACAUCUGACUGAGGACAGACAAUAUCGCACUGAGGAACAUUGUAUAAGAUGUAACAAGGAGUAGAUUAGUAACAGAUAGUGGUUUGUUGGUACUUGAAUAUUCUCUGUAAUGUUAAGAUUAGUUUCAGUGUAAUUUUAUUUGAAGUCGUCAUUAAGUUAGAAGUACCCAGAGAGUUGGAAAGGGCUUGUAUAGGAUGAGAACAUUAAUUAUGGCACCAUUUUGUGUUAGUUUUACUCAGCCAAAAUUAUAAGGAGGAGUUGCAUCUCUCUUAAGUUGACGUCACUCAUUACAAUUGCACAACUUGAUUGGCAACCAGAAAUAAGAACAGAUUCAGGCUCUGA